CACAAAUGGUUCCGAAUACAAAAACAAGAAAAAUCUUUCUAAAAUGUGGUUUUUAACGUUAAUUUGUUAUUUCUCUAUACUAGUACAAGUUAUAUUUAUAACAAUUUCAAUAGCUGCUGGCCUCUAUUACUUAGCAGAAUUGGUUGAAGAAUACUCAAGCUAUGCUAAAAAAAUUAUUUGGUGGAUGAAUAUAAUAAUUACUUUGCUCUAUGUAUUACUGUGGCUCUUUGAAAGUUUUCCAUCUACACUGAUAGCUUGCGGAAUACUAGCUCAAGUUUGCCAUUUCGUUAUACUUUCUAACUUUCCUUAUGUGGCCUUUACGUCACCCUUUUUCAUAUUUGCAGUGAUAUUUGUUGUUAUCAAUCACUAUUUAGCAUUUAGUUACUUUACUUCUACAUACCAUCCAUUUUCUGAGGUGAUUGCCUAUUUCACUCUCUAUUUGUGGUUAGUGCCAUUUGCAUUGUUCGUGUCCUUGUCAGCUAAUGAUAACAUAUUACCAACUACAGCUGACCAUUCAGAUGUCGUCUCUAACUACAUCAUCUCCAAAAGGAACAAAUCUGGCCUCCUAACAUUAUUCACCUACGCCAAAGAGACGCUGUUGCCAGUAAGAACAAAAAAAGGAACUAUAAGUGCAAAUGAGCUACGUAGAAAAACAGAUAGCGAAUCUCCAACAUAUGAUCCUGGCGGCCCAAGACAGGAAUCGAUGGAAGAUGAUGGAAGAGGCCUGUCAGCAGUGGACGGAAAUAGGCUAGAAGAAGAGACGGCUUAUAAUAAUUACCAAGAAAUGGUAAAUCAAGAAAAUUCUUUGAUUAUCAGAUACUACUGUCAAUGGAAAGCUAAUAUAGGAACACUAGGGAUGUAGCCAGCUUUAUUUGGUUUCUUCCCUUUCCAAGACAUGACCGCAUAUUCAAUAUCCAAAUCAUAAUAUUCUGGAACUAGUUUAAGAAGCUGAAUACCAUGCAAAUUCUAAUGAACUUCCUGUAAUUGUAGAAUAAUUAAGAG